AUGGCUCAAAGUGUGAACGACCGCCGGCGGAUAAAUGGACCAGAAGAAAGCUAUCCGCCCGUAUUCGAUGAUGAGGAUGAGGAUGAUCUCAAGUUGAAAACGCAGCGCAGGCGGGCGCCUAGUGAUAUCAGGCCGAUAUUCCUCCAGCCAGGUCUUUUAAGCCAGGCCAACGGGUCUGCGUAUAUCGAAACAGAAAAAACAAAAAUCGCAUGCGCUGUAUAUGGACCACGGCAGUCUAAAACUACUACCUACAGCGAAAAGGGUCGGCUAAACGUUGAGGUCAAGUUUGCGCCCUUUUCGUGUAUGCGUCGAAGGGCACCGAUGCGCGAUGCCGAGGAUAGAUCUCUCGGUGUAUCGAUACAUCAAGCAAUCGUAUCAUCAAUACGCCUGGAGUUAUUUCCAAAGUCGACCAUUGAUGUUUUUAUCACGAUCAUAGAGAACGAUGGAAUUGAAGGUUGUAUCGCGUCUGGAGCAUUGGCUGCAAGCACUGCACUUGCUGAUGCCGGAAUUGAAAUGCUGGGGCUCGUUGCAUCAUGCUCAGCUGCUGUUGUCGGAGAUGAGAUUCAACUUGAUCCAAGCGAAGCUGAAGCACGGGCAUCAAGCGGUACUGUAAUACUUGCUUGUAUGCCAGCAUCGGAUAGUAUCACUAGCAUCUGGCAAUCGGGACAGAUGUCCGCUGAUUUAUCUUUGAAGGUACCACAGUGCAUGGAACAAUGUUAUGAGCGGUGUAUUGAUAUCCAUUCGAUAGUCGCGCAGUCUCUACUUGAACAUAGGAGAACCGAUUGA